GUUGUGCCGUAUGCUUUUGGGGUGUUUUAGAGAGAGAGAGAGAGAGGGAGAUGGGGAGAGUGUUUGUGUUAACACUUGAGGGGAAGAUCUACAGCUGCAAGCACUGUGGAACUCAUCUUGCUCUCACCGACGACGUCGUUUCCAAGUCUUUCCACAGCAGGCAUGGGAAGGCUUAUCUCUUCAGCAAGGUGGUUAAUGUAACUCUCGGCGAAAAGGAUGAGAGGAUGAUGAUGACGGGAUCACAUGUAGUCGCAGACAUCUUCUGCGUCCAAUGUGGUUCGAUUGUUGGCUGGAAAUAUGAAACUGCGCGGGAAAAGAGUCAGAAGUACAAGGAAGGGAAAUCAGUUCUCGAGCGGUUUAAGAUAUCGGGACCCGACGGGAGCAACUAUUGGAUCAGCCACGGGGUGCACAUCGGCGGGAGUGACGCCGACGAUGGUUAGUUGGGGGCUCGAAAAGACAUAAUCAAGUGUACAUUCUUAUCACAAUAAUAAUAAUAUGUACAUAUCUGAUUCAGCAAUUUGUGCAUUCAAGAACUGGAUUUUUAGCUAUUGAACUUUGUAACAAAUCACAUUCUUCGAUCCAAAGAUCGAUUAAAUUACUCAUGUCAAUACGAGUAACAUUUCCAUUUAGACA